UUAUUUUCUCAUUGCUGUUCAGUCCGGUUGGAGGUGUCUUGUCUGGCCCCCGCCACUAUUAUUGUUCACAUUCACAGCACAGCGCGUGGAAUUUUUUCGCUCAAGUCAAAAGCACAAUAAUGUCGUCGUCAACAGCCGUUCAACAGCCACCUCCACCCGUGCCAAAACCACCACCAGCGCCAACAGCUGCUGCCUCCGCUGGAAAGGGUCUUCACUCGAAGGUGUACAAUGGCCUCAUUGGGGCCUGUGACAAGUUUGUGCCCGCCAAGAUGCGUCCGCUGUGGAUGCACGCAGCUGGUCCCAAAACGAUCUUCUUCUGGGCGCCCGUCUUCAAGUGGGGGCUCGUGGCAGCAGGACUAAGUGAUUUGGCCAGGCCAGCGGACGCAAUUUCUAUACCCGCGUGCGCUGCCUUGGCGGCCACGGGCAUCGUCUGGUCACGCUACUCGCUGGUGAUCAUACCCAAGAACUACAGUCUGUUCGCUGUGAAUCUCUUUGUCGGCCUGACGCAGGUGGUCCAGCUGGGACGCGCCUUCUACUACCAACAGGAGCAGGAGAAGCUGAAGAAGGCGCAGGAAGAAAAGCCCGCCAUCACGCAGUAGAGAAUAUCCAUCGAAUUGGUGCUAUACCCCCCCCAUAUCGCCCUCUCCCUAUAUAUGUAAUAUAUAAACAACGCACAUCGUUAACGAAAGGAUCCCAAAGGCGUAUGGCAGAUCUACCCUGUGUAGUUUCUGCUUUGAUGCACUCUUUGUCGACCAUUAUUAUUUAUGGUGUUUUGCCUUAUGAACGUGAUUCGUACUACUUAAGUUGUAAACGUGGAGGCUUCGCGUAUCGUAUAGUUUUUAUUCAUACGAGCAUUAAUUAUUGGACAUUUUGUGAUCUUCAACAAAUAAACCAAUACAUUGUAAGACUUUAGAAAGUAGUGAAA